AUGUCGGGCGACCGCUCCGCCCGCGGCGCCGAGGCGGAGGAGGCCACGGAGCUUCUGCGCGAGCAGCCCGGGCCCGCGCGCCUCCGCCAGCCGGCGGCCGCCGCCGCGCUCCUCGCGGCCCUCGCCGCGGCCUCGGCCGCCGCGCUGCUCCUCUCGCGCGGCGGCCCGGUGCGGGCGGGCCCCUCGCUGGUGCGGCUGGCCGCACAGGAGGCCACGGCCAUCACCUCGCUCAGCCACGGCACCGACUACUGCCCGGCGGCCGGCGAGAACUGCACCGCCCUGAGGUGUUGCGCCGAGGCGGGUCUCCAGUGCUACAAGAAGAACUCGGCGUGGGCGAGCUGCCGGACGAACUGCACCAAGAACAAGUCAAUGCCUGGUGACGCCAACAAGGACCCCUGGGACUGUGAGGAGUUCGGCGCCCGCACUCCGGGUCCGGCCGGGCCAGUCGACGAAGAUUACGACUGGACCACGGGUGGCUUACGCGGCCAGGACUGCAGGGUCCACAAGUUCUGCGCCGGCCAGGACGACUACUGUUACCUGAAGAACAAAGAGUGGGGCAGCUGCAUGCGGGAGUGCGACCCUGCAGCGGCAGGCACAAAAGGCUGGAGCUGCGAGAAGCUCUACUGA